AUGUUGUCCAUGACUAGGCAGAGACUUGGUCUUUCUACGCGGCAAUUGACACUUGCAACUCCUCCACAUAUGAUCCGAUCAAAGUCAACUUUCACACGUCUCACGACCUCCUGGGGACACCAUUUUUAUAAGCAUGGGAGGGCUGCCUAUGCUGCCGGAGGUAGUGGCGUAGCAAUCUUCGCAUUGGCUUUGGCGAAUCGAGAGGGAACCGAGUACCCAAGCGACUCACACGAUGCGAAGGCUCUCUCAACUGUCCCGUUCGGAAAACUAGUCUCUGGUUGGCUGGCUUUCGCCUUUUGCUCUUCGCCAACUUGGGUUGACACAAGCGAGACCUUGUACUCCGUCUUCUCCAACAUCCCUGUCGUCUCCUCCGUUUCCCAUGCAUUCAUAAUGCGAACAUUCUUCAAACAAUUCCUUGGUGGGGAGACAACCGAAGAGUGCGUUCCGAAAAUCGAAGCACUGCGAAAGAACCAUGUGGGCACCCUCCUUGGCUACAACAUCGAGGCCGAGUUGGACGGGUCAAGCAAAGACCCUCAACUGAUCCUGGCCCAAACACAGCAUGUGUUGUCUUCCAUCGAGGCUCAGGGAAAACUGGCCAAACAGUUCUGCCCGGACACCCGCGCCACUAGUGGUGACAACCGCUGCUGGGUUAGGAUCAAGGUGAGUGGUUUACUACCUCAUCCCGUCGCCCUUGAACAUGGCUCCAAUGCGAUUCUGGAAGCCAGACGGCAAAAAAGACUUGACAAAGGCGUUCCCUACCCGGGCUUGCCACAUGAUGGGGAUUGGGAAGCUGCACUGAAAGGAAAAGACGUCACAGAUUCAGACCGUGAACAGCUGCUUAGUCUCCGAGCUACUCUAGAGUCCAUUGCCAGUAAAGCACGAGACAAUAACGUGCGCAUCGUGAUUGAUGCCGAGCAGUCAUGGUACCAACCUGUUAUCGACAGUCUAACCGACGAGCUCAUGCAGAAGUACAACACUCUGGACGGACCAGCCACGUGCAUCGCAUCAUUCCAGGCGUACCUACGCAGGCACCCUCAACUUCUGGACCAUCAAAUCCGUCGCGCUGAUGAGAGAGGCUACAAGCUACUCUUUAAACAGAUUAGGGGGGCUUACAUGGUAUCAGAAGCGGAAAGAUGGCGAGCAGGAGGUAAAGAUGGCGAAGGGCCGGUCUGGUCAACGAAGGAAGAGACAGAUGCAAGCUUCAACUAUGGUGUUGAGAAGACGCUCUCCACGAUUGCUGAUCAGUUGCGCUCGACAGGCCACUCGAGGAUCGGGGUAGUCUUUGCUACCCACAAUUCCAUAAGCGUUGAUCUUGGAAUUAAGUUGAUGGAGGAACAUGGCCUGGCUCAGAGGGAGACUGGGAACGAGAGACUUUGGGUGACAAAUGGAGCUGCUGGCAGCAUCGGCUAUGCCCAGAUAUACGGAAUGAAAGAUGACCUGACAAACAGGAUAGCAGGAUCUCUUGUCUCGGAGAGCGGAUUGCCCCUGGUCGUUAAGUCCAUGAGUUACGGAGACUUGAAGGAGUGUCUGCCAUUCUUGGCAAGAAGGGCAACUGAGAAUAGGGCGAUUCUAGAAGGAAGGGGGGGAGCAAGUGCAGAGAGGGCAAGGCUAGGGCAGGAGAUAUAUAAACGUAUAUUGCCUUAA